AUGGAAAAAUUUCUUUUUUAUCUGUUUUUCAUUGGCAUAGCAGUGAGAGCUCAGAUCUGUCCAAAGCGUUGUGUCUGUCAGAUUUUGUCUCCUAAUCUUGCAACCCUUUGUGCCAAGAAAGGGCUUUUAUUUGUUCCACCCAACAUUGACAGAAGAACUGUGGAAUUGCGGUUGGCAGACAAUUUUGUUACAAAUAUUAAAAGGAAAGAUUUUGCCAAUAUGACCAGCUUGGUGGACCUGACUCUAUCCAGGAAUACAAUAAGUUUUAUUACACCUCAUGCUUUUGCUGACUUACGAAAUUUGAGGGCACUGCAUUUGAAUAGCAACCGAUUAACUAAAAUUACAAAUGAUAUGUUCAGUGGGCUUUCCAAUCUGCAUCAUUUGAUAUUGAACAACAAUCAGCUGACUUUAAUUUCUUCUACAGCAUUUGAUGAUGUCUUUGCCCUUGAGGAACUGGAUCUGUCCUAUAAUAAUUUAGAAACAAUUCCUUGGGAUGCCGUUGAGAAGAUGGUUAGCUUGCACACCCUUAGUUUGGAUCACAACAUGAUUGAUAACAUUCCUAAGGGGACUUUCUCCCACUUGCACAAGAUGACUCGGCUAGAUGUAACAUCAAAUAAAUUGCAGAAGCUACCGCCUGACCCUCUCUUUCAGCGAGCUCAGGUACUAGCAACCUCAGGAAUCAUAAGCCCCUCUACUUUUGCAUUAAGUUUUGGUGGAAACCCUUUGCAUUGCAAUUGUGAAUUGUUGUGGUUGAGGCGUCUGUCCAGGGAAGAUGACCUUGAGACCUGUGCUUCGCCAGCACUUUUGACUGGCCGCUAUUUUUGGUCAAUUCCUGAGGAAGAGUUCUUGUGUGAGCCUCCUCUCAUCACUCGUCAUACACAUGAGAUGAGAGUCCUGGAGGGUCAAAGGGCAACACUGAGGUGCAAAGCCAGGGGAGACCCUGAACCUGCAAUUCACUGGAUUUCUCCUGAAGGGAAGCUUAUUUCGAAUGCAACAAGAUCUCUGGUGUAUGAUAAUGGGACACUUGACAUCCUUAUAACGACUGUCAAGGAUACAGGUGCUUUUACCUGCAUUGCUUCCAAUCCUGCUGGGGAGGCAACACAAACGGUGGAUCUUCAUAUAAUUAAGCUCCCUCACUUACUAAACAGUACAAACCACAUCCAUGAGCCUGAUCCUGGGUCUUCAGAUAUCUCAACUUCUACUAAGUCAGGUUCUAAUGCAAGCAGCAGUAAUGGUGAUACCAAAAUGAGUCAAGAUAAAAUUGUGGUGGCAGAGGCAACAUCGUCUACGGCACUACUUAAAUUUAAUUUUCAAAGAAAUAUCCCUGGAAUACGUAUGUUUCAAAUCCAGUACAAUGGCACUUAUGAUGACACCCUUGUUUACAGAAUGAUACCUCCUACGAGCAAAACCUUUCUUGUCAAUAACCUGGCUGCUGGAACUAUGUAUGACUUGUGUGUCUUGGCAAUAUACGAUGAUGGCAUCACUUCCCUCACUGCCACAAGAGUCGUGGGUUGCAUCCAGUUUACUACGGAACAGGAUUAUGUGCGAUGCCAUUUCAUGCAGUCUCAGUUUUUGGGAGGCACCAUGAUUAUUAUUAUUGGUGGAAUAAUUGUAGCAUCCGUACUGGUUUUCAUCAUCAUUCUAAUGAUCCGGUAUAAGGUUUGUAACAAUAAUGGGCAACACAAGGUCACCAAGGUCAGCAAUGUCUACUCUCAAACUAAUGGGGCUCAAAUGCAAGGCUGCAGUGUGACGCUGCCCCAGUCCGUGUCCAAACAAGCUGUGGGACGUGAAGAGAGUGUGCAGUGUUGUAAAGCCGCCAAUGACAGUGUUAUACAAUCUGCAGAAACGUGCGCGAGUCAGGACUCCUCUACCACUACCUCUGCUUUGCCUCCUACCUGGACUUCAAGCACUUCUGUGUCCCAAAAGCAGAAAAGAAAGACUGGCACAAAGCCAAGCACCGAACCACAGAGUGAAGCUGUCACAACUGUGGAGUCCCAAAACACGAACAGGAACAACUCGACUGCAUUGCAGUUAGCUAGUCGACCUCCUGAUUCUCUCACAGAGGGGCCGGCGUCCAAAAGAGCACAUUCAAAGCCAAAUGCUUUGCCUGACUAAUGUUGACCAGAUUGUCCAGGAAACACAGAGGCUGGAGUUAAUCUGAAGAGCAUCACUUCUCUCCCUCCUGAAAAAAGUUGCCACUGAUAUUUUUACUGGA